CCAAAAGUAAAAAAAAUUCAAUUACAAAAAUAUCCAUUAAUAAUUUAAAAUGUACACAGAAGUAGAUGUUUUCGUUAGUAAUUUCACAUUAAUAGAUCCAGAAAUAUACCAGCUAUGGAUCGAAGGAUGUUCGUCGAGUGAGGCUGUCACUACUUUACACCAGCGGGCUGUGAGCAAACAAACCGGAGCCACUGUUGAACUUAUUGCCAGUGAUGUUUUGGAUCAUUACAGAACAUUCGCAUUAUUAGAGAGACUUCUGACGGUGCCAUCAAAGCUGUCCGAACAGAUGGUCUUUCAAAUCGAUGAACCGACGAAGCAUAUGCUUAUCGAGAAAUAUUAUGACUUAGACGAUGCGGUCAUUAGAGAACUGCUCGGCCGUAAACUGUCUUCACGACACAGGAAGGAUCUCGAUGAGGUGGCGGAGCGCUCGGGGGCGCCGCUGCGGUGCUGCCGGCGGCAGUUCGACAACGUGCGUCGCGUGUUCAAGGCGGUGGAGGAGAUGCCGGGGAACGUCGUCGCGAACAUCCGGUCAACAUUCCUGAUAUCCGAACCUCUCGCUAAAAAAUAUGGCGCCGUUGUCUUCAUAGCUUGUAUGAGAUUUGAAACGACGAAACGCAAACUCCAAUAUCUCUGCUUCAACGAUUUUUUUCACUGUGCACAAGCCAUCAUGGGUAGCUGGACGUACAGCUGCACAGGUCCAGAGUACUAUGACACGGAGAUGGACCGAGAGUUCCUUCUAGAACUUCGCGAACUGAGAAUUCUUCUCGAUAAAGAGAAAGAACAUAAGCAUUUGAUAUGCAUGAGGCUAAAACCCAAGUUGCUGGAGAAAUCGUAUCAGGAGCUGGAACUUAAUUUUAGAUUGUACACGAGGGCGCUCGUCGGUCUCGCGUGUAACUUGCACAGAGGUCGCGAGCUGCGGUCCCUGUUUACGGAUCUACUUGAAAGGUGCAUCGAACCGUUGAGGAUGGGUGGCUGGCCCAAAACGGAUUUAGCUCAGUUCCUCUGCGCUUACGAACAGUGCGCCCUACAAAUGGACGUCUUAAGGGAAGCGGACUUGAAGAGCGUUUGGGAGAGAUAUAUGCGUGUGGUCAGCCAGUGUUUAUUGACAAUGUAUCACCUGUGAAUAGAAUACAAAGUUAGACAGGACCAGAUUUAAAGGUGUGGAGGGCCUUGGGGUCAAAAAAAGAGGCCCCUUAUCAUUACUUUAAAAAUUAAUUUGAACAAUUUCAUUUCUGAAAGGUUUGUCAAUAAUGUAUCAAGUCUUUGUAUCAGUAACUUUUGAAACGAUAAUUAUUAAUAUUAUUAUAACUUGACUAUAUCUAAAUAUCUAAACAUAUUUACAUUAAAAUUGUUAACUCGACGGUAUAUCUAUUGAGGGGGAGGAGGAGGCCUCAAGGCAGUUGUCCGGAUGCCCUUAAUCCGGCCCAGAACUUGGAUAAUAUAUUAAAACAAAUAUAUGUAUUUAUUAUUGCCACUAAACGUAAAUAUACGAACGUAUUAUGAAAAUGAGUCAAUUUAACUACAGUGCCAUCUAUUGGCUUCUAGUGUACCUCUUGACAUAAGGAUUAUAUAGUCUGUUCCGAUCGAAAAAGAAAUGACGAUAAACAAACCUUAGAUUUACGUACUCCUUGCUAACAGCUCAGCUAUACUGUGCACUAAUAAGAGUUUACAAUGAAUAUAUCUUUAUUUAAAAUACAACACUAUUACACUUAACUGCUUAUAUCCACUUUAAUUUUACUUCCAAAGUUCCGAUAGCAACUUCGUCGUUCAAAACGCCAUUUAUUUGCAAAUCGAUAGCGAAUAUCAUAUAUUAAGCCCUCCAAUGAUAACGCGUCAAAUCGAUAUCAAAGUCAAUAUUUGGCUUUUGUACUUAUGGUGGGUUUACUAUAGUGUGAAUAUGGCCUUAGUUGGUGUUGUUUAACAUUUACACAAUCACAAAAAUACAUCAGUAUAUUAUUGACUAAUAAUAACUAAUAUUUGAGCAAAGUUUACCAAUACAUUUUGUAGAUGUAUCCUUUUUAGAUAUACUAGCUGCCUCAUAGCUUCGCAUGGUUAGGUUAUUCUGCAUGUAAAGAGAAAAAAAUGUAAUUUUCUUUCAUUUGAAAUCCGCGCAUCAACUGGCAUCGAACGUGUGACAUGACAAAUCAGUUUCAAUCAGAAGAAUCUCGUGAUUGUGAAAAGUAGAGUAUCUUAAUUGUGGUUUAGGGACUGACAUUGUUAAUAAUAACAUUGAAUGUCGUUUUAUAAGAUAUUUUCUGUUAAUAUGUGAUUAGGACGACACAGCAAGUCAAACACAAUUGAGUUUCUCUAAUUACAGAGAAGAGUUCUCUUCUCUGUAAGAAGAAUCUUCAGUCUCUCUCAGUUGAUGCGCGGAAUUAAAAUUAAGGAAAAUUACAUUUUUUUUUCUUUACACACAUAUACGUUUUAACGUUUAUGUUAACAGGACUAACAUACAAAAAAUCUUGUUUUUUGUUUGGGCUUGGAAUGGACAACAAUAUAUUUUUUGUCUCUUGUGUCUAAGCUAAUCAUAAUCUCAUUGGAUUAUAAUUAUUCAAAAUCUUAAGCUGUGUGUAAGUAAGAAGUUAAAUUACACGUGAUCGACUGACAUUUGUCGUAAUUCAUAUUAUAAAUACGUUUUAUGACUCAAUCGAUCUUGUCUUCACAUUGACAGUCUAUUGACUCCCCCCCCCACACACUUAACAUAACGUGACUUCUCUCUUGUGACAUAUGAAACGUUUUUGUGAACGCGUGGGAAGAGUUACAAUUAAAAUAAACGUGUGUUCAAGAACUGUCUUUGUGGAACGUAUUCGACGCAUAUCAUUAUGUAGAGCAUAUGAUUUAUGCAAUGACUUGACGGAUUGUUCAGUAAUCAGUUGUAAAAUGAUAAUUCAACAUUUCUUGCCAAAUUCUAUUUAAUACAUAAUUUAUUACAAUAAUUAUUGAUGUUAGGAAGCUUAUGUAAAUAUAGAAAUCAAAAUUUAACAAAACAAUUGUAUAUAUUAUGACCAAAGAAUGGUGAUAAUGAUGGUAGCAGCAUUUCCCCAUUGAAUCUCAAUUGGCGUUCUUUGGGGGGGAAAAUAACCAACACUCCUGUGGAGAAGUUGAGGCAAGAACGGGGUUUUAAAUCUUCUAGAUUGUAUUCUGCACAAACAUAAAUUCGAAAUAGAGAAUUCAGUAUUUUAAAUUUAAUGUACUAUAAAUAUUGUUUUAAAUUAAAGUUUUUUUUUUCUUUUUGACUUUUUGUAGAGUGUUUAUUAUCUGUGCAUAAUUGUUUUUUUUAA